GUUCACGGAUCGGGUCGACUACAUCACAGCGGACCGCGAGGACGACGCGACUGACCGCGUCGAUAUCUUCAAGGUGCGAAGUGGGACUAUCACGAGUGUCUUGUUUGACGACGAGCAGGCAGUCAUUUCCAAAGGACUUCGGCGAGAAUUGCGACGGAGCCUGGGGAAGCUACCCAGGAAGGGCGCUGACGCCACGGAGAUCUACAGCCGACCUCGUGUCACGCAACAUUGCAUCCGACAUGGGUUUCAACCUGGAAGCGAUAUGGACCUGACCACCAGAUUCGACUUCACGCCGGAAACAGACCGCAGGAGGGCACGAGAGAUCAUCGAGAAGGAGGAGCCGCUGCUCAUCAUCCUCAGCCCGCCGCGCAAGGUGCGGAGCCGCAUCGGGGACCUGUCAGACUACAAGCGCGACCAGGACCUCGCCGACACCGACGGGAUCGGCCGGGUCAACGCCGACAUGUGCGAGUUCAACUUACACGUCGACGGGGGCAAGCUCAACCGCAAGCCGACCGGCAUCCUCAGCAGCAGCAUCGAGGUCCUGAAGGCCGUUUGCAGACGUUGCACGCGCAGCAGUUCCGACCGCGACCAGCUCGCCGGCUGCAAGUACACCAGGCUCGCGAAGGAGUACACGCCACAGUCGUGCAACGCGAUCCUCAGGGGCCUAGUUAAGCACCUCCAGAAGACCAACACCAUCAAGCACACCGAUUUCAACACCAACGAAGCCAAUAACCAGCCGUGUUUGUUCCAGCACUCGAACACCGUCGCAAAGUUAGCCGAGGACUACGCGCCGCACGCG